GUGCCGAAUAAUGAUCGUGAAUCAUCAUCAUCAUCACUCAUCAGAUCAGCAAAACUGACAACGUUUUCUUUACAAAGGUUGUUUUGCUAAAGUGCUUGAUGAAAUUUUUGGUCUGUCCUGGCAAUUUGUUAACGGUAGGAAAGCCGGAUUUCCAAAAGGCGGAUCAAUCCACGUUGGGUAACUCUUGGAAGUGAAAGUUGAUUCAUCAAGUUUUGUCCAUCUACUUUUUUCUGUUUCCUGAAUAGUCAGCCACUAACAGUGCUUGUAGAAAUGGAAGCAAUUGGAACUCAACCCAAGAAACAGAAACGCCGUGCUAGGAGGAGCAAACCGAAAGAAUCGAAAUCGCAGGAGCUUAUCGUCCAACAACCGCAACCAAUAUCGCUUCUACCGGGAGGACAGAUAGCUAUACCGACUCAGAACGAAGUAAAUGUUCAAAUUAAACCAACUAACAACGAGCUAAACCAAGUGAAUAAUCUGGUUCGGCAGUCAAGCAAACGGAAUCGAAAGAAGAAAAAUCCAAAAAAGCUCGAAACUACCGGAGGUCCUCAUAUAGAACCGAUUUCUUUGGAGCAGAUUUUUCCAGAUAGUGAAAGUUAUAAAUUUGAAAAUCUGAGCAUAAAUCGAAAAAAGGAAAGCUCUCAACAGAAAAUUCCUCAAAACAAAGUAACAUUUAAUUUAGCUUUGAAAAAUUGUUCAGUCGAGAAUAUCGACGUAGUUGAUAUAUUCCCAGUUCUUGAACAGAAACAGGAAAGUCCAACACUUAACUUUUCUGAAGUUGAAAAUAUAGAAUUGGACGAACUGUUUCCUUCUAAGGAAAUAUUUACCUUUGAACAUUAUUCCAAUAUUAGAAAAUCGGAAAAGCAUUCGCCAAAAGAGGUUCCCAAACUACAAACUGCAGUUAAAAUUCUAACAGGAAUAGAAAAUAUUUCCAUAGAGGACCUUUUCCCCUGCACACAGAAAACUCUAAAGCCAGCUGUAAUGAAUCCCCAAAAACCGGAAAAGUCUCGAGAGGAAGUGAAAGCAGAAAGAGAAGCAAAAAAAGCCACCAAGCAAGCCGCAAAGUCCAAACCCAAGGAGUCGGCAGGUUCCCAGAACCCGAACGUCGUUAAGAAAUCGGACACCGAUUCAAGUUUGGCAGAAAAGAUGGUAAAAUUGAGCAUAUCCGAGCAGACGCCAAACCAACCGUCGUCAGCGGCCCAGAAACAGACUCAACCAAAUGCAGCUAAUCAACUCAGCAAGGCCGAACGUAAAGCUCUCUUCGAAGCGCAGAACCCAUCGUUGGCGGGUGGCGGCGAGCCAAAAGGAACCAAGCCAGCCACUUCUAAGGCAGAAAGACGCGCCCUACAGGAGGCACAGCGAGCAGCCAAGGAGGCUGCAAAGGUGACCGCAAAACCGGCUGCCCCAGCGGUUUCCGCUUCAGCCGAAUCUAAAGAUAAACCGAAACCGGUGGCUGUAGCAAAGUCUUUAAAGAAGGAAGCUUCUCCAGCGCUCAAAAAGUCCUCCAAGUCGGAUUCCGCUCAACAGAAACCUCAAGCGCACAUGGUCAAACUGUUCAACCAUUUGUACACCAAGAAGUUCGCCGCCUCGGAAAUUGUCAACUCCCCGCAGUUACACCCGGUUAUAGCGCGGCUGGGUCUGCAGUAUGCCGAGGGCGUGAUGGCCGGUUCCAAGGCUCGCUGUUUAGCCUUCCUCAGCGCUCUUGGCCAGGUCAUCAAAGACUACGAAACGCCUCCCGAGAAGGAAUUCUCCCGCGGUUUCGAGGAAGCCCUCAAUCCCAACAUAGCCUUCCUGCAAAAUUGUCGCCCAUUUUCGGUUUCCAUGACCAAUGCUCUGAAGUACAUCAAAAUGUACGCCCGGCAGCUGAAUGUUAAGGACUCGGAGUCAAAUCAAAAGGAAUUCUUACUGGAAGCUAUCGAUACCUACGUUCGGGAUCAGAUCGAAAAGGCAGAAGAAGCCAUCAGCAUCUCGGUGCAGGACAAAAUCUACGACGGGGAUGUCAUUCUGACGUACGGCUGCUCGUCGCUUAUUAAACACAUUCUGGAAGAAGCUUGCCGCCGUAAGAAAAACUAUCGGGUCGUCAUUGUGGAUUCGAGACCGCGCAAUAAUGAGCACGAAAUGAUGCGGCAGCUGGUGGCCCGUGGUAUCGAUUGUACCUGCGUCCUGAUCAAUGCCAUCAGCUACGUGAUGCCGGAGGUGACCAAGGUGCUGCUGAGUGCCCACGCUUUGCUGGCCAACGGUUGCGUGAUGUCCCGCGUUGGAACCGCUCAAAUUGCACUGGUUGCCAAAUCUUACAACGUGCCGGUUCUGGUUUGCUGCGAAACGCACAAAUUCAGCGAGCGUGUUCAGACGGAUGCCUUCGUCUACAAUGAAAUUGGUAACCCAAACGAUUUGAUUCUCAAUUCGGGAACGCGUGAAAAUCGAUUGCACAAUCCCCUCUCCGAUUGGGAAUCCAUUCCCAGCUUGACCCCGUUAAACCUGCAUUACGAUGUGACCCCGCCGGAACUGGUGACGGCUGUUGUAACCGAGGUAGCUAUCCUACCGUGCACCAGUGUGCCGGUCAUUUUGCGCAUCAAACCUUCUGAAGUGGGAUACUGAGCUUAGAACUGAGCAAACCGGAGCAUGAUGAAUUUGGCGGCAAAAGAUUAGGACCUUAAUUACGAGAGAUGCAAAAUUAAAUGGAUUGUUAAUCGGUGUUAAACUAUG